GAGAGAUCAGCUGCUACAAAGACGAGAUUGAGAGUGAGCUGGAGAAGAGCCGCCCUAAACUGAGAGGAAUCUACGCCGCCUACGCCAAAGAAAUUGACCCGGAAGACGCCGAGUUGUUGUCCCUGACCUCUGAACCCGAGGUGCCGGAGGUCGAGGAGGCAGAGCUCAAUGCCGCCGCCCAACACCUGACACAGACCUUCCUGAACCAGGUGAUCCAUGAGGAGGACAGGCAUGAUAAGAAGGCCGAUGACAGCGAGCAGGGGGCGGGGCCGGAGAACGAGGGGGCGGGACCUCAGCGUCUGGCCGCCCCUUUGGCCGUCAUCCUGGGACAGCUGCCGAGCGCCGCCAGCCUCAGCCUCCAGAAGACCUUCCAGACCUUCGGCGAGGAAACAGGCGGGAAACCAGACGAUGAGCAGUCUGAGAGUGGAGAGCUGGACCUGAAGGAUAUCGAUGAUCAGGAGAUUGAUAAGGUCAGUCCAUCAAUUAUGAUGUACCACAGACUCUCAUAG